AUGUCAGACCCUUCGAACUACGUCGUGGGAUGGAUUUGUGCUGUGAUGACCGAAUAUGUUGCUGCCCAAGUGUUUCUCGAUGAGGAGCAUGAAGAGCCCACCUUCGUCUCACCAAAUGAUACGAAUAAUUACAAAUUAGGCAAGAUGGGACAACAUAACGUUGUUAUCGCCGCUUUGCCUGAUGGUGGAUAUGGGACCGAUUCUGCAGCCAAUGUAGCGACGAAUAUGCUGAACAGUUUUCUUAACGUCAGAAUAGGCCUGAUGGUCGGUAUCGGUGGCGGUGUACCAAGUGAGAAACACGAUAUUCGCCUAGGCGAUAUAGUGGUCAGUGCAUCCCGUGGGAGUGAUGGUGGUGUGUUUCAAUAUGACUUUGGCAAGGCAACACAGGGCCAAGGGUUUCAGUAUACGCGGCUAUUAAACCAGCCACCAACUAUACUGCGCACUGCAAUGACAGGAAUUCGAGCACAAUACGAGAUAAAGGGACAUCAGCUAGAGAAGGCUGUCCAGGAUAUUUUUGAAAAGCACCCGAGAUUACACCGAAAUUACAAGCGGCCAGAACCAUCCACCGAUAGAUUAUUCCAACCCAGGGCUAUUCAUACUUGUGAAGACUGUGCUCUAUGUGCUGAAGAUCCGUCAAAGUUAGUACUGCGAGCCAAAAGGACAAGCGACGAUGAUGAUCCUGUUAUCCACUACGGGCUGAUUGCCUCUGGCAAUAAGUUGAUGAAAAAUGCUCUGAUUCGGGAUCGACUUGCAGCUGAAAAGGACGUUCUCUGUUUUGAAAUGGAAGCUGCAGGGUUGAUAAACACUUUCCCCUGUCUGGUAAUCCGAGGCAUUUGCGACUACUCAGACUCGCAUAAGAACAAAGAAUGGCAAGGAUAUGCGGCAAUGGUGGCGGCUGCAUACGCCAAAGAUCUGUUACGUCAGAUUCCCUCAAAUAGGCUUGAGGCUGAGAGGAAGAUUAGUGAUAUCCUAUCCGAGGAUCAUAGGGACAUUGCACAGAAGCAACUUGAGCUACAGGAGAACGCAGUCAAAAGAAUGCUAUCCGAAAAGCAAGAAGAAUGCCUUCAAUUGUUCCGUCUUAGUACAGGGGGCUCAGAUGCUACAUACGAGUGGUAUAAGGAACGUGCGGGAGACCGAGUGGAAGGCACCUGUAUGUGGUUCCUAAAACACGCAAAUUUUCAGGGAUGGCUAGAACGAGAGUCAGGGCCGCUCCUAGUUUCGGCAGACCCAGGUUGUGGAAAGUCCGUUUUAGCGCGAUAUCUUAUCGACAAUAUAUUACCGCGGUCAUCAACCAUCUGUUAUUUUUUUUUCAAAGAUCAAGACCAGAACACAGUCCGCCAAGCGCUUUGCGCUCUGCUCCACCAAAUCUUCUCGCAAAAGCCAUCCUUGAUUGAGCAUGCCAUGGAGUAUUUCAAGACGGACGGGCCAAAAUUUAUUAAAUCCACAAUACAGCUCUGGAAUAUACUAGAAAAGGCUUUAAAGGAUCCUCGGGUUGGAUCUAUAAUCAUUGUGCUGGAUGCUCUCGAUGAAUGCGCUGAAUCGGAAUUUGAGAACCUUAUGCAAAAUUUGAAGCGUAAUAUUCUUCAGUCAGACCGCGGAAGGAUGAAGUUUCUUUUAACGAGUCGCCCGUAUGAGCAGAUAAUCGACGAAUUCAGAGGUCUACUUCAUGCCUUCCCCCAUAUCCGAAUACCGGGAGAAGAAAAGUCAGACGAAAUAGGCCAAGAAGUUAGCCAUGUUAUCCAAUACCGAGUCAAAAAGUUGGCGAAAGAGAAGGGGCUCUCAAAACUCGUCAAAAACCACCUGGCUGAAAGACUACUGAAGGUUACCCACCGUACAUACCUCUGGGUUUAUCUUGUAUUUGACUACUUAAAGGCUACAAAUUUCAAGAAGACUCUUAGAGGGGUGGAUUCUACGAUUUCAACACUCCCAGCCAAUGUCAAUGAGGCAUAUGAGCAGAUUUUGAACAAAUCAAAAGAUCAAGCGAUGGUCCGGAGAGCCUUAAGCAUCAUUUUGGCAGCGAACCGGCCAUUGACAAUCUCUGAAAUGAACAUUGCAUUAAAUGUUAAUGACACCCUAAAGUGUAUACACGACCUUGACCUGGAGGAAAAUGAGGAUUUCAGGGCACGCCUUAGAACUGUUUGCGGACUUUUCGUUUCGAUCCACCAUGACAAGAUUUACUUCCUCCAUCAAACAGCUAGGGAGUUUUUGCUUGCCGAUACAGUAUCACCUGUCUUAGAUGCUUCGGGCUUACUUUGGCAACAUUCUAUCACCAGUCAGAGCGCACACACUUUAUUAGCAGAAAUAUGUGUGAUCUAUCUGGAUUUCUUGAAUGAAUAUGAUGGUUCCCAGGAGCUGAAGAGAGAAGGAGAAGAGGGAGGAGACCAUAUCGUCGAUUUACGCGCUUUUCUGAUUUAUGCGGCCAACAACUGGGGUAUGCAUGCCCGCACGGCCUGCAUUAGCACCCGUUCGGAUUUGAUUCCUCUUAUUUUAAGUAUAUGCGGCCCAAAUUCUGGUAUUUCUUCGAUUUGGUUUGAAAUUUACAGAAGUACCAUACGGGGUGGUCCGAAUGGAUGGUUCAAUGAUUUGCUGAUAACGUCUUAUUUCGGGAUUGAGGCGGUUGUGAAGGUACAACUUGAGAGGGAUGCUGUGAUUGACUCUCGAGAUAGUGAAGGCCGAACUCCGCUCUCUUGGGCAGCACAAAAUGGACACCAGAUCAUCGUGGAGCAGCUUGUUGAGAAGGGAGCUGUGAUUGACUCUCGAGAUAGUGAAGGCCGAACUCCGCUCUCUUGGGCAGCACAAAAUGGACACCAGAUCAUCGUGGAGCAGCUUGUUGAGAAGGGAGCUUACCUUGAAGCAAAAGACCGUUAUGGGAGCCCGCCAUUGCUGUAUGCAGUAGGUAAUAUGCAGUCGACGGUUAUUCAUACUCUUGUUCAUGCCGGAGCCCGGUUGCAUGUUGUCAACAAUAUGCAUCAAAACUCAUUACACCUCAUUUGCAAGGGACCUAGGCAUAAAGAUGGGUUCGCGCUGCUGGAGUUCUUUAUUUCUUCGGGGCUACCCACAGGCCUCUGCGAUGUGAAUAACAUGUUACCUUUGCUGUAUGCUUUGGAAAAUCGCUAUGAGGACCUCGCUUUACUUCUUCUUGAUAGGGGAGUUGAGGUGAACUCUCGAUUCCACAGACGAUUUUGGACCCGACGGAUGCUUGUGACAUAUGAUAUUGAUGAAAGAUUUGAGAGUUUGAUCAGUGAAAAUCCUUCGGUUGGAUUGACUGCACUUCACUUCACUGCUGUGAACGGAAUAGUGGGGAUGACCGCGUUUUUAAUUGGGCACGGCGCCAAUCCCAAUGCUUUAGACGAUAACGGCGACACGCCUUUGCAUUUGGCAAUUCGGUCUCGAGUACAAGGUUAUAAAUAUGAGGAUCCGUGGGUAACUGGCGAGUAUGCGAUAGAGAGGCUAUCCGACUAUAUAACAGAUUAUGAAGGGGAAGAGGCAUCUGAUAUAUGGGCCACGAUUGCUCAAGCAAGAGAAGAUACGGUCCAGCAGCUUUUGAACAGCGAAGCUAUUGAUAUCAACAUUGCAAAUAAUGCCGGGGAUGUUCCAUUGCAUGUGAUACCAUUUGAGAAAGGGCAAAUAUACGAUUCCUGCGCUGUGUUAACGCUCCUGCUUGACUAUGAAGUAGAAGUAUCUAUUUUAAAUAUGGAGCGUCAAACUUGCCUUCACCUAGCUAGUAAGGCAGGAAACCUGGAUGCUAUUCGCAUCCUUUUGAAAAGAUGUUGCGACAUUGCAUUACUGGAUAAACACGGCUUGAGUCCUAUACACUAUGCUGUUUGCCACAAUCAUUCAGAAGUUAUACAGCUCAUGUUCGAAGAACGCCACGAGCAACUUUCACGAUUUUGCGUCCAAAACAAUGAUCUAGGGAAGACUAUGUUACAUUACCAUACUGCAUCGGUGAUGUGCUCUACCGAGAUGAUCAGUAUUCUCCUAGAACUCGGAUGUGAUAUAAAUAGGCUUGAUGCAGACGGCAAUUCAGUGCUGAGUCAAUAUCUACAGUCUUCCCAUAUGCACAUUAAUUAUGACGUCUAUAAACUUCUUCGUGAAAGGUCAAGCAUGGAAAGAAAGCGUUGGGCAGACCAGAAGCAGCGAAAUCUUUUACAUCUUCUGAUGCGACAUUGGAGCGAUGACAAUGUUCUGAUUCUUGAAGAUCUGAUGGAUUUUGUGAGCAUAACUGCGAAGGAUGUUGAUGGCAUGGGCAUUGAACAUCAUGGCGCGAUACACGGUGCAUUCAACAAACCUCUGACGCGAUUCCUUCGAAAACGGGGUUAUCUAAACCUUCACAGUAAGGAUUCCAGGCACAAAACACCUCUCCAGUAUGCAGAAGAAGAGGCUAAUCGCGAGCGUCACCCGGAUCUUUUUGAAGGUCAUCGGUGGCAGAAGUCCUUGGAGAAUUUGAGGCAUGAAAACGAGAAUGACUGA